AGAGGCGCUGGCUGCUCCUCAGUCCGGCGGUUCCGCGGCGCUGCUCGGGCAGCAGAGCCGCCGCCGAAGCCGAUGGGGAGGCUGCGCUGAGCGGGCUGCCCUCCGCAGGAGUCGGCAGCCGAGGGCAGCGGCGCGGCGAGCGAGCAAUGCCUCUCACUUCUCCGCUUGCGCUUCCCUUCCUCCUCCUCCCGCUCCCGGCUCUGAAGCUUUUGUUUUCCCCGGCUGCUGCGACGGCAGGAAACUUCCCGGAGGGAUGGGCUCAGGCCGCGGUUGUGCUGCGCCGGGCUCUGCAGGUCACCGGCCGCGCCGUGAGGUUAUUUGGGAAGGGAAUACUUUGUUAAACACAACAGCACAAGAUGACUUAUGAUUCCUGCUCUUCAUGGGAGCCUGUCUGGAUUGUCCCUGCAGAAUGCUACAGCUUCCUUUCCUCUUCAGUGUUCUUGUCUUGUGGAGUCAUAAACCUCAGUGGAACUUUGGAUGGAAAUACUGACAUGAAUUUAAGAACUUUGAUGCUUUCAGACAUUGAAUUUUGAUUGUUAAACGAUCAGUUAAAAAUACUGCCUGAACAAGAUGAAAUGCCUUGAAGACUUUUGGUUCUGCUUUCAUUUCUCCUGAAGCAAUGGUUUUCUCAGCAAUGUUGACGCUGGCCCAGUCUGGGACCUCAAAUGCUACUUUUAUUGUCUAUGAAAAUGCCUAUACGAAUUUUACCACUCCCCAGUUCUUGCUUCAUAGUGGCACAACACAGCCACUGAGUUAUAGUUCAGGUGUUGUGCUCACCACUGAGAGAAGUACUUUUCUGGUAAACACUACAGCUAUCCUGCCGUCGCAAGAAGUUUUCAGGAGCUUGAGUUUGCCACUCCAGAUCAUUCUUUCUGCUGCUAUGAUAUUUAUCCUAUUGGUUUCUUUCCUUGGAAACUUUGUUGUCUGCCUCAUGGUCUACCAGAAGGCGGCUAUGCGAUCUGCAAUUAACAUCCUCUUAGCAAGCCUGGCUUUUGCAGACCUGCUGCUGGCAGUGCUGAAUAUGCCAUUUGCUCUUAUAACAAUCAUUACCACUCAGUGGAUUUUCGGGGAUAUAUUUUGCAGAGUUUCUGCCAUGUUCUUUUGGCUUUUUGUCAUAGAGGGGGUAGCCAUUCUUCUCAUUAUUAGUAUUGACCGAUUUCUUAUCAUAGUUCAGAGGCAAGAUAAACUGAACCCUUACCGUGCAAAGAUUCUCAUUGUGAUUUCCUGGGCAGCAUCCUUUGUUGUUGCUUUUCCGUUAUCAGUAGGGAAUCCUAACCUGCAGAUACCCUCGAGAGCACCUCAGUGUGUUUUUGGCUACUCUACAAGCCCAGGUUACCGAGCCUAUGUGAUAGUUAUCUUGCUAAUUUCUUUUUUUAUUCCCUUCCUGGUAAUGCUGUAUUCUUUUAUGGGCAUACUCAACACCGUCCGCCACAAUGCAGUUCGUAUCCAUAGCCACCCUGAUAGCAUAUGUCUCAGCCAGGCCAGCAAACUUGGUCUCAUGAGCUUGCAGAGACCUUUUCAGAUGAAUAUUGAUAUGAGCUUUAAAACUCGUGCCUUCACAACCAUCUUGAUUUUAUUCCUUGUCUUCAUAGUCUGUUGGGCACCGUUCACCACUUACAGCCUUAUUGCCACGUUCAACAGCCACUUCUACUACAAGCACAACUUUUUUGAGAUAAGCACUUGGCUCCUUUGGCUCUGCUACCUCAAGUCUGCACUGAACCCACUGAUUUACUACUGGAGGAUUAAGAAGUUUCAUGAUGCAUGCUUAGACUUGAUGCCCAAAUUCUUCAAGUUUCUGCCACAGCUACCUGGCCAUACGAGGCGGCGCAUUCGACCCAGUGCCAUCUACGUGUGUGGGGAGCACCGGUCGGUGGUUUGAAACUGCGGCUCUUUGACGAUGAUUGUUGCGGUUUGGAAUUAUUUUCAGGCUUUAGGUUGAAUUUUGUCUUGUUUCAUAUGGCUUUUUUGGUAUGGCCGUUAUCUUAUAACUUGAUUUAAUUUUCCACUACUCUGUGCAAUUUUGGGAAGAAAGAUAGAGGGAAAGAAAGUGAUUGGUUAUAGUUGGGUUUACUACCGGAAUACAGUGUAAACAAAAUAACAAAUGUUACCUCUGGGAUUCCAUGGAAAUCCAUUCUUUUAAAUGAAAACUGCAUUUGUAACAUUUUGUCAGGUUUAUGCUUACUAGGCCUGCAAUCUAAUUGUAGGGACUUUUUAUGCUGCUAAGAUAUGGUGUAUAUAGUUGGUGUAAUUUUUCUGGAAAAUGUUGCUGCUGUCUGCCAAUUUAUUAGAGCCAAAAAGUCUCAUUAGAUUACUUCUAUUUAAUUUAACAAUAUUUCAGAAGUUUUCAUGAUAACAUUAGAAAACUUUUUUUAGUAUUUCCAUUAAUAUUUUUGUGCACUUUACAGAAUUUACUAUAUAAUUUGUUCAUUGGAAUGUUUUGUUCUGUAUUGAAGGUGUAUUAUUAUUGCUGUUAUUAUUAUUUGUUAUGUUGGUGAAUUUCAGUGAAAGACCCAUGUAAGCUCUAGGAGGGCAAUUUAUGUUGGUAUAGCUACAUGUACAGUCAUAAAUUUGCUGUUUUACUAACAAUUGGUCAAAAGUAACAUUAACUGCUCAGUUUUCAGGGGAGUUAGAAGGAGAAAAUGGAGGAAUGGAAGGGAAAGAGAGCAACAAAAAUUCCAUGACCUGAGGUUUAGGCUAACACACGAUUUAGUAAAACAGUGUUCAUGUGAAAAUUAUUAUGAGGUAAAGGGUGAUUGUAGUUGUUACUUGAGGCUGUUACAAGCUGCUCAAACCUGAUGAUAUCCCUGAAAACCUAUCUGAAAUAGUGAUUUUUGGGCCUGCAAUUUAUACUGUGUUUUUGUAAUGAUGUUUCUGCUCGGAGCUUGUGUAAGGCUGGGUAUGCUCUACCAUGUUGAAAUCAUUCUGUCAGGCUUUUCGUGGGAUAAAAUUAGAAAUAUUAGGGUAAACCAGAAAAGAGAUGGCAGAUAACCCAUAGCUGAGGUUAGGAUUUAGUCUACAUAGUAAUUACAGGAGAAGAAAAAAUCCUCAACUUGCUUCUUUUACAAUUUAAGUGUUGGAUCAAAACCAUAAAGAGACAAUCACAGAAUCAUGGAAUGGCUCAGCUUGGAAGGGAUCGUAAAGCUCAUCUAGCUCCAACUCCACUGCCAUGACAGAUGCCUUCCACUAGAUCAGGUUACUCAAAGCCCCAUCCUCCCUGGCCUUGAACACUUCCAGGGAUGGAGCAUCCACAGCUUCUUUGGGCAACCUGUUCCAGUGCCUCACCUCCCUCACAGGGAAGAAGUUAUUCCUGUAUCUUAUCUAAAUCUACCCUCUUUCAGCCAUGACCCCUUAUAACAGUCAGCCAGCAGACUUUGCUGGGGAUGUAAGUUAAAUUCCCCUUUUCCCUCUGAUACUACUUUUUACACUAAUUUUUUUUUCAUUGCCUCUUUGUCUCUGUAGUGGCUGCUGCCUUAAGGGUUUACUCUCUUGUUCUCAUCUAUUAGGCAUCAGCUUCUCUUCCUGAAAUGCCAAACUACCUUUCUGAUUAAUGUCAGGUUGUCUCGGUACCUGCCUGGAAAGCAGAAAGGCAAAGAUUUUCCUUAAUGAUGGCAAACCAGAUUUUUUUGUUUGGUUGGUUGGUUUUUCUUUGUUUUUGUGUUUGUUUGGUUGGUUUGUUUUUUUGGUCUUGUUUUUGUUUGUUCUGGUUUUUUUUUUUAAAUCAGCUAAAUAAAUAUUUAUUAUGAGAUAAGUAAAAUUAAGACUUAGGUUUGGGCUUUGAAGCCAGAUCCCCAGUUGCUUUGAGGCUGAGGAAAAAUGCCUGUAAAAUUGUGUGUCCUUGCAGUGAGCUUUCUGAGCCCAUGACUUAGAACAGGGUACAACCAAACCUAACAACCAGAGCUAGAAUUUGGGCUUCUCUUGCUUCCAUCUCUCUUUCAGAACCCCAAAACAUGGGGGACCUCGUCAUUGUUGUUGUACCUGAGGAGCAGAUAAUAGCAGUUUGAUCUACUUCUGUCUAUCCACACAGUACAUGUUUGCAUGAAGAAAAUGCCUUGUUCUCUGUGGAUGUCCGGGGACUGCUUGCUUCCUGAGGACAACAAAACAUUCACACCCCAAUGUGAAUUCUUCUUCAGUGAAGAGCUAAUUUAUCUCUGUUCUUCUCAUUGACAGCUGUUGGUAAAAGUGUUGACAGUAUUUAAAUUUUAGGAGCAUAAAAGGAACAAUUUUCAAUUUAGUAAUUUCAUUUUUUAAAAAAAGUUACUAGCUGAGGUUGCGGGUUACAUGUGAAGUUACAUGUUGCCCAGCAGUGGUGGUGUUAUUGAUGUCCAUGUUUUCCUUUCCUUGUCAACUUAACUGAUGAGUGUUUGGAUUUUUCUGAUUGAAAUGAUAGACAGUAAAAGACUUCCACUAUAAAAGAGAGUGUUUUAGUGUGUCUUUGCAGUAAAGCUUUUAUUUUCCAAUUACAUUUACAUUGAUAGCAGAAGUUUUAUGACCUAGUUAGUAUGGAUUUUCUGUUUCAGAGCUGUCAUGCCUGUUUAUCUCUGAAAGCAGCAAAACUGUGCUUAGAGUUAAAGUAAUAGAGAGCAUACACUGUCUAAAUGGCAGGAACAGGUAUUUUUGCUGUCUUCCAGCGCUACAAUGUAAGAGAUUUGAAUGAGUGUUGUAAAACAUAAUAACUCAAGGAGGAAAGAAUAUGAGUAAUACAGGAAAGAUAGUGAAAUUACUUUCUUGAAGGAGGAGGGGAAAACAUAUUGUGGGGGUUUCUCAAUCUCCGAUAAGUACUGGCUGUGAAGUAGAAAUUGCAAACAUCAAAGGCAGUUAAUUUGUUUUGUUAAUAAAGUGUUUGCUUACACUGACUGCAACAAGGUUUCUCCUCAGAGCUGCAUCUGCUGAUCCUUGGAGAAAAGAAACCCAAAUCGCUGGCCCAUAUUCAGAGGUGAUUUACAUAGUGAUACAGUACUCACACCAGUUUUUUUGAGGUGAUCAGAGCAUACAGUGAACAAAAGGGUGUUCAAAAAUCAAGGUGGUUUAGAAGUAUUCCCAGGGUAAUUAUGUGUUUACAGAUCUAUUUGAGCUAUUGUGUCUAAUAUACAUCUCUAGAGCAGUGCCUUGAUAAUUGCACCUGAAGUCCUAACACCAAGUUGAAGACCUCUAAGCUGCUCAGUCUUGCUGCCUGUGAUCCUGCCAGGGAUCCUGCAUAACCAUGCUAACAUUUGUAAUGUUAAAACAUAAACGUGUUGGCGGAAUUUGGGCUACUGAGGCAUUUUAAUGGGCUUGACCAAGACCAAGGAUUUUAGAAAAACUCAAAUAGAUCCUUCUUGACUCUGUGUGGGAAUUAUAAUUUUCUUCCUCUCCAGAAAUGAGUCAUUACUAAUCUGUAUUCCUUCAUGUUACAUUUGCAGACAUCUUUGGUGUGGAGGAUUUAAAUGAAUGUAUUUUGAAUUAUGUUGCAGUUUAAUUCAUUCUGUCAAAGCAUGCUGCUUACACAGUUCUCAAUUGUACAAAUCUAUUGAUGAAAUGAUUCUUUUGUACUCAAAGUUGUGUAUUUUUGACAUUUCUUGUUAUUCAUGUAAAAUAUUUCUGUAUAUAGAGAAAAAAAUUGGUUUGCCUCUUAUUGCUUUCUGUUACUAUUUUUUUUUCACUUGUAUGCUUAAUGCUUUCAUAUUUUAUUUUGGGAAUAUGCAUAAAAAACCUGUAAGAUUUCAAUGAUUUUUCUGCAACCAUUUGAGAUUUCUAAUUCUCAAAUCAUUCAAUAAUGCCCUCCUUGAAAGAGAUUUUAAUUUAUUUUUGUGUGAAAGCUAAAAACUCAGAGCACAAGUUUUUGUUGUGGUUAGAAUGGUGAGAAAUAUCUUAAGUCCAGUUUUCCAGGAGCCAGGAUGAACUGGCUUGACUUUUUUUUUUUUUUUUUUGAGAAGUAGUCCUUUUCUGAUGUGGAGAAACCAUGAACUACUGUUUUAAAACAAGCUGUUAAGUAGAAUGGCAUUGUCUUUUCUGUACAUAUUACACCUGUGAAAACACCUGAGAAAAUAAACAAACAAAAAAAGAAAAUAAACAUAAACAUUCUCCAAAAAGGCAGCAAAAGUCUUUAGAACUGACUCUAUGUUUGUAUAUUCACAGGUUUCUUGGAUUUAAUGCCCAACUUCAUAGUCUCAAACAAUUUAUUUUAUCUGUAUAUUAAAUAACAAAGUUUGCCUGAUGUAAGUGGUUUUGUUUAAGCCAAAAUUAUUCUCAUGUACAGCAUUUAGAAUGCUCUUUUCUGAACCACGGGG